AUGGACGCUCAGAAAAAGCUUCAGGCACUUUCGGACGAGUUCCAGCAGCUGCAGACUGAGCUCGAGGGCCUGGUCGAUGCCCGCCAGAAGCUGGAGUCGCAGCAGCAGGAGAACCAGGGUGUGCAAAGCGAAUUCGCAGAGCUCGAUGACGAUUCCAACAUCUACAAACUUAUUGGGCCUGUGCUGUUGAAGCAAGACAAGACCGAGGCUGUGAUGGCCGUCAGCGGUCGAUUGGAGUUCAUCGAGAAGGAGAUCAAGCGCAUCGAGAAGGAGAUUGAAGAGAAGCAGGAAACUAGUGAGAAGAAACGCACAGAGGUACCAGCGGGCCCUUCACAUCACAGUCCCUCGCCAUAG